AUGGCGCAUCUGCAAUUCACUCCUUCUCAACCGCCUAGCCGGCAACCGUCUAUCAAACGUCGAGGAUCGGAUGCGAACCGCCCGCCCAUCCCUUCGCGAGAACCGUCGUUCCAGCCCGCGUUCCCCUCGGAUUACGCUAUGACCUCCUCCCAGCCCUCGUCACGCCGACCAUCCUUCGCAGCGGGGCUCAGCGGCUUCAACGCCGAGAGGAGACCAUCAGUGGCUGGUGCUUUUGCCGGAGGUUUCACCGGUAUGAUGUCCCCUUCGCCAGUCUCCCUAUCCCGGAGGAGCAGUAUGGCGUCUGGCCCCCGGCCCAUCACCAGGGCAGAGUACAGCGGGCACGCCACGCCAUCUCUGCUCUCCCGAGCGGGCAGCCCGACCUUGCCGCUGGGACAGGAAGGCCGGUCGCGCGGAGAUGGCUUUCACGAAGGUAGGGAGCUGCGGGCGGGGGAAUUUAUUGGCAGUUUGGAUUGCGGGACGACCUCUACCCGGUUUAUCGUCUUUGAUGCCCACGCCAAGAUCAUAUGCGAGCACCAAGCCGAGUUCCCCCAGAUUCUGCCGCACGCAGGCUGGCACGAGCAAGAUCCGGAGACAUUGGUGGAGUGCAUGAAGGAGUGCAUCACCAAAGCGACCGAGAAGCUGGAAUGGAUGGGUUGGAGCAAGGAGAGCAUCAAGGGUAUUGGAAUCACCAAUCAGCGCGAAACUACCCUCUGCUGGUCCCGCUCAACCGGCAAACCCCUUUGCAAUGCCAUCGUAUGGGACGACGCGCGCACGAAUGGGGUAGUCAGGCACUACGAGACCAAGCUCGAGGAGGAAGGACUCGAGAUUGACGAUGACGAGGUGGACGCCAAGGCGGCGGAGGACGCAGCCAGUGGGGAGGCGGAUGAGCCGAUAACGGAGGGUGUGGAAUUGGGGCCUGGUGGAAAAGAGGCUGCUUUUGCGGAAGAGGGCAAGGUUGAGGGGGAGGGUCUGACGGCUAUGAUGGGGAAAGCGAUGGAGGGGCUUGGGCUGGCUGGACGAGGAAAGCCGACCGGGGCAAAGAAGAGGAGGAAGGGGAUGGAGGGGCUGGUCGAUGUGACCGGUAUCCGCUUGUCUACAUACUUUUCAGCCAUCAAGCUUCGGUGGAUGCUGGAUCACCACAAAGAGGUACACGACGCGCACGAAUCCGAUGACUUGUGCUUUGGUACCGUCGACUCCUGGCUAGUCUACAAUCUCACAGGCGGCGUCGACGGUGGUCUACACAUCAUGGACGUAACCAACGCCUCUCGAACCCUCCUCAUCUCCCUCCGGACCCUGCAAUGGCACCCCCCUCUACUCCGCUUCUUCGGCUUCCGCCAGUCCAUCCUCCCGCGCAUCGUCUCAUCCGCCGAGAAGUACGGCGUUAUCCACGCCAACCUCUCGCUCCCGCUCACCGGCGUCCCAAUAGCCGGGAUUGUCGGCGACCAGCAGGCUGCACUGGUCGGGAACAAGUGUCUGCAGAAGGGCGAGGCGAAGAACACGUACGGGACAGGAAGCUUUGUGUUGUUCAAUACCGGGUCGGAGGCGGUCAGGUCGCAGAAUGGGUUGUUGACGACGGUGGCGUACCAGCCGGGGCCGAACGCCAAGCCGGUGUAUGCGCUGGAGGGGAGUAUUGCGGUGGCAGGGUCGGCUAUCAAGUGGCUGCGGGAUCAGAUGAACCUCAUCGAGGAGUCGAGCGAGAUGGACCACCUGGCAGGUUCCGUGAAGGACACCGGUGGCGUGUACUUUGUCACUGCUUUUAGUGGACUGCUAGCACCAUACUGGGACCGAGAAGCGGCUGGUACGAUCAUCGGCUUGACCUCCUACACUACCUCUGCCCAUAUCGCACGCGCAACACUCGAGGCGGUCUGCUACCAGACCCGAGCUGUUCUCGACGUCAUCGAGAAGGAAAGUGGCGUGAAGCUCGAAACUCUCAAAGUUGACGGCGGAGUGACCAACUCCAACCUCGCCAUGCAGCUCCAAGCCAACAUCGGCGGCUUCAAAGUAUCCCGACCCACCAUGCGCGAAUCCACCGCCCUCGGAUCCGCCCUCCUCGCGGGCCAUGCUCUCGGCCUCUUUGGUUGGGACCUCACCCGCCCAGAAACGCUCUCGAAAGUCAACACGGCGGACGUACAUACCUUUGAGCCCGAGCUGCCGGAGAAGGAGCGGCUGAGGAAGAUCAAGGGGUGGGAGAAGGCGGUGAGUAGGGCGAGGGCGUGGUAUACUAUAGAAGAUGAGGAUCGGGUGGAGGCGGAGGAAGAGGAGGAGGAGGGAUUGACCAAGAUCUAG